AUGGCUCACCCUGAAGAGAAAGGCAGCUCUGCCUGGUACAAGGUGCCAGUUUGGGAUGGGAAUCCCAGUGGCUUCCGCGCCUUCAAGCGGGAGAUGGAGUGGUGGAUGGCGAGCAUGGAUGCCUCUAGCUGCACAAAAUAUAAUGUGGCUGCUCGUUGGACCUUACGCCAGACAGGCGUCGUUCGUGCUCGUUGCGAGGAAUUCUCCCCUUCCGAGUUGGAAGGCGCUGCCGAGGUCAGAGGGGAAGACCCCACGACAGGAGAGGAGAUUGUGUUGGAACCUGCUGAUCCAUGGAAAGGCAUUCGUAAGUUGAUGUCAGCCCUUGAGGAGUCCAUGGGUCGUACAUUGUUGGACAGAAAAGGUGAGUUGAGGAAACAGUUUUAUACUGACCUUCGACGCAACCCUGGUGAGCGCAUCAGUUCUUUCUGUUCACGGUUCCGCACGCUCAACUCUGAAAUGAAGCGUGAAGGAAUCACGUUGCCGUCGGAUGAACUUGGAUGGUUCCUGAGGAAUCGGAUGGGGUUGGACGCCAUCCGGGUUCAGCUUCUCGACACCGCGCUUCGCGGUCGGGAGGCCUAUGAGGAAGUGGAGGCCGAUGCGCUUCGUUUAAUUCGUGACUUGCAUAGCGAGGACCCGUUGCACAAGAAAAGCAUUGUUGACAGGUCACCACUCCUUGGCCGUUUUCUUGGACAGUCGCAGUCCGGGGCCUCCUCAUACCGGACCUCACUGCCUUCAAGUGCCAGUUCCUCAUUCGGUACCAAGUCAUACAAGACUUCCUUUUCAGGUGGUUCACAGAAGAGCUUCAAGCCCAUGCCAAAGGGUGCACCUCGUUCAGCGUUGGUUGCAGAAGCUCCUAUAGAGGCUGAGCCGGAACUCGAAGAAGAGGAGGAAUUGGUUCCUGAUGUUGAGGAAUCAGGCAUGUCUUUGGAGCAAGUUCUACAGUGCGAAGCGGAAGUUUUGGCCGCUGAGCUUGAAGAGUUGGAACAAGAAGGUGUUGCUCCAGAGUUUAUUGAGGGCCUUGAGACGGGUGUUGAGCAGGCUGCUGAAUCCCUCGUUACAAUGAGGGAAGCUCGAAGCAAGAUAGCAGAACUUCGAAAAGAUCGUGGAUAUGGAAAAGCCACUGCCGCUGGACAGCCUUCAGGUGCGAAGCCAAAGAUGACUGGCAAUCAGGUCAACGGCAAGAAGUCGCGCUCGAGUUGCUGGGAUUGUGGCCAGACUGGUCACUGGGCCGGUGACCAUGGCUGCCCUAGUCUAGGGGCAGGACUUUUCAAGCCAAAAGGCGGCAAGCCUGCAAAGCAUGUCAGAGUCACAGAGGCCUUGGCGACAGAGUUCGAUACAGAGGCUGAACCGGCUCACGAGGAUGCUCAUGAGGUUGGCAGUUUGGGCCUUUUGUUGGGUCGGGAUUGGUUGGAUAGCAUUGGUUGUGUUUUGAGCUUUGCAAAGAAGAUCAUGAGAGCUGACCAUUUGUCUGGCAACCACAUCAAGCUGCACCAGUUGACCGCAGGACACUUUGCCUUCCGCCUCAUUCCGAGCUGCUGGCCUACACCAGGUCUGCCUGCUCUCAAGGCAGAUCUUCUGAAGUUGGCGGCUCUUGUGGAGAUCACCCCUCCGGAGAAGACAAUAGUCGAAGAUUUGAAGAAGCUGGUGAGAUCGCCCAAAGCCUUCCGUCGCCCCAAGCACGCCGCUGACAGUGGCCCCAUCUACGCCACCAACUCUGGCUUCCACAGCAAGUUGCACUUCGUGAAGUGGCCCGGCUUGCAAUGGUUCGCCUCCACUUUUUCCAGAGGCAUUCGGUGUGCUGAGCUCAGCAGGUUGGCGUCCAGCAUGGAAAAGAUUAGUGCAGACGUGUGGCAUGAUGCCAUCAGAGAUUGCGUGGAGUCACCGCUUCACGAUGCUCGCAGGGAUCCUCAAGCUUCCCGCGACACCUUUACCAAUAGCUGCACCUCCCACACCUUCCAGACCUUCGAGUGCACCAGCUCUACCACCGGCAAAGAAUGGCUUGGUGUCGAAGUUUGCCAAAGCAAUGCCAAGGUCUCUGAGAGCGAAGCCGUGCGAAGCGACUUCGCUGCUCUCCACACAUGGAUCCCGUGGACCCUUUCAAGUGCCAUCCGGGUGAAGUGGAAACAAAUCCCAGAGCAUGAGAAGGCAGAUUAG